AUAGAAUCUGUCAUAUUAAAUGAUUCAAAGUUACUGGCCAAAGCGUUUGAUCCGGUCCAAUUAGGAAAUCACAUGCCCAACUCUCUGCCGCUCAUCUCUCAGCCGUCUGACGGUUGUACGCUAUAGUGCUCUCUCCGUUUCCGGCUCCUCUUCUGACGCAUAUCUACACCACGCCGUUCGUCCUGAGGUCUGUUUCAACCGAAUGAGUGCGUCAAAAGAGAUGGCGAGAGCUUCAAAGAGGAAGAUAAUGAAUGCUUCACUUCUUUCUUUUUUUCCGGAGGAAAUUCUUCUCGAAAUUCUUACCAAGCUUCCCGUUAAAUCUCUACUACAGCUCAAAUGUGUUUGCAAAUCAGCUUAUUCACUGUUUACUGAUCCUUUUUUCACUGAGCUGCACCACAAUAUGUGUUCAACCCUUCCGGGUAAGACGAGCAUUCUCAUGUAUUUUCCAACUCGCACAAGCAUGACACGUCAUGUGUAUUACACUAUAAAUAUGAGUGAAGGAAGCCAAGGAAAGCUCCGUUCUUGCUAUGUUUCGUACUUGGAAAGGAAGCUGUUUCGUAAACAUCAUUUACGGUCCUCUGCUAAUGGCUUAGUUUGUCUAUAUAGAAACCCCCAUGAUGUAAUUGUUUGCAACCUUUCUACUAGACAACAUAUAUCACUUCCGGAAGCACAUGAAGUGCAUGGAUCAAAAUCUCCGAAAUCAGGUUGUGCAUUAUUAGGUUUUGAUCUGGUUUCAAAAACAUUUAAAGUUUUAAAGUCAGUGCAAUAUCUGGAUUCCCAUGAUGUGCAGAAGCAUUGGGUUUUUACUUUGGGCGUGGAUAAGUCAUGGAGGGAGAUUAAUAUUGAUUCGUAUUUCCCACACUGCUCUUUUGACUCCUUCUAUUCCCACUCUAGUAGUGUUUAUGUUGAGGAGGUUAUCUACUCACUAAAUUGGCAUAGAGGAAAUAUUGAUGAUUUUCCAAGGUGUGAUGAUAUUGCAGCAUUUGAUGUUAGGACUGAAAAUUUGAGCAUGAUAUCUUUCCCCAUUGGAUUGCCAAGACAUGACUUUUACUCGUCAGACGUCUUCUCAAGAUCAGGAUUGGUUGGACUGGAGGGUCGAUUAGCUAUCAUUCAGGUUUGUCCAAAUAGUGACUACAAGAUGGAAGUAUGGAUUUUGAAAAACUGUAUGCAAUGGGAGAACAAGCGGACGAUUCCCAUCCCAUUGGAAGGGAGAAAGCUACUCGACCGAGCUGUUUUGUUACGUUUUGCUUCAACCCAUGCUGGGGAAAUUGUGUUGGUGACUUUAGGGAGGAAAUCAAUUUUUGUUUUAAUUUAUGGAUUAAGAAUGCAGGUUUGGAGAAUGUUUAAAGUACGUGGACGUUUCCCAACUGAUAAUGAGGCAUGGAAAAAUGUCAUGCACAUCAUUCCGGAGAAUAUCUUUUCCCUCAUAUAAUCCCAUUCUUUGUUCCUUCCAUUAAUAAUAUUUUUAUUUUAAUGUCCAUGAUUUGAAUUUGUGAUUUUGAGGCAAGUGUAAUAAAUAUUGUUCGUUUUUUGUGUUUUUGUUUUGUUUUCUGAAUAUUGUACACUUUUUUCUUCAAACAUUUUAUUAUUUAUACAAACAAUUUCACCUA